UCCUAGACCGGAUUGAUGUGGUCAGGCAGAACGACUACACACCCACUGAUCAGGACCUGCUAAGAUGCAGAGUACUGACAUCUGGGAUCUUCGAGACAAGAUUUCAAAUAGACAAAGUUAAUUUCCAUAUGUUCGACGUUGGAGGUCAGAGGGAUGAACGGCGAAAGUGGAUCCAGUGUUUUAAUGAUGUGACAGCUAUCAUCUUUGUGGUGGCGAGUAGCAGCUACAACAUGGUGAUCAGAGAAGAUAAUCAGACUAACAGACUACAGGAAGCCCUCAAUCUUUUCAAGAACAUUUGGAACAACAGGUGGCUACGGACCAUUUCUGUAAUCCUCUUCCUGAACAAACAGGACCUGCUUGCUGAGAAGGUUUUGGCAGGAAAAUCUAAAAUUGAGGAGUAUUUCCCAGAGUUUGCACGCUACACUACGCCUGAUGAUGCAAUACCAGAGCCAGGUGAAGAUCCCCGUGUUACCAGGGCAAAGUACUUCAUACGGGAUGAAUUUCUGAGGAUCAGCACAGCCAGCGGAGACGGGCGGCAUUACUGUUAUCCCCACUUCACCUGUGCGGUCGACACAGAAAACAUCCGCCGCGUCUUCAAUGACUGUCGCGACAUCAUACAGAGGAUGCACCUACGGCAGUACGAGCUCUUGUGAUUGGCAGCGGCGUCCAAUCUUACUUAACUACCUAUCAUCAUACCUAGCUAAACACCCCCUCCCGACCAGUUAGCCAAUCACUCAUCCACUUCCACCAACUUCACCUAACAUCUGAGCAAGCGACUGAGCGCCUUGCCCUCCCCUCCACUCCGAUACAGCUUCUCCCGAUAAACACAACUGCAGAAAAGCUGAACAGCGGAAAGACUCUUUUCAAAACAAAGGAAACGUUGUUACAGAUACACCACAUCAUCAACUAUCAGCCUGGACUGACUGCUGUACUCAGCCACACUUUGACCCAGGAAAGAGGGUCAGGACUGGAAUCCCUGAGUGUAGGCGAACUCUCCUUUUAGCUCUCUCUCAGUUAAAUGAACACACAUGCUCACAGGUACACAAACACACACAGAUAUGAGAGACGACCUCAGAUAGGUUUUAAUACCGCAGUAAGACGCAUACACUCUCACAGAGCCUUUCAAAAGUCAAGUUCUACUGCUUUCCAAAGUUGGCAGAGGCUAAAUUGAAUAAUGCCUUCUGAGAGGGACGAGUUUAUUCACCUAGUGCUGAACACGAAGGAAGAGAACGGCGGACAGCGAGGGUGGCAAAAUGAUACAGAGGAGGGCUGUUUUGUGCCCAGGGAUGGACAGAUGGACUAAUUGACUAAUGGCUGCCUGCGGACGUGAGCGUGACUCUAACAGAAGACCACACGGCUCUUCAAGAAUCCAACCAAGGAGGGAUGCAGAAAAUAACAACAGAAAAAAAGAAAAACAAGUAAACAAGAUGAAUAUCAUACAAUGCAUAAACUCAUGCAUACCAGUGAACUUCAUGCAGUGCAAAAAAUCCAAGCUAUAUAUAUAGAUAUUUAUAUAUGUGUGUAUAUAAAUAUGUAUAUAUAUAUAUAUAAAUAUAUAAAUAUUAUAUAUUCCUGUAAUAACGCAAUUCAACUUUUAAGUUUUUGUUAGUUUUUACCCCAUGUUGUGUGUGGGUGUACACUGUGUGUGUAAGAUCUGCCUUUGUGCACCAUUUAAACCUCCAACAGACACACACACACAUACACACAUAUAUAAAAUAUAUACAUCCUCGCCCCCUUUGCUCCUGCUGCUAUUUGACAACUAUUGAAUAUGUGGAAUUUUUAUUUAACAAGGAAAGCAUGACGACGCAAAAGGAACGUACGAAGUUGAAGAAACGACUCGUCGGGGCUGGAUGCGACAUUCUGACCUGGCAGCACACACGGACACACUAACACACACACCCGUGCACAUGCACUCACAGGCCUCCUUGUCCACACUAUGACCCACCUCCACACCGUUUACCUUUCGUCUUGUUCUCUCACUUCUCCCAUUCCCACCUCCUCCCUUCCUGGCUUUAAGUACGUCUGUCUUUAUUUUACUGCUGGACUAUUAUUCCUGUACAGACUGUAAAAUGUAUUAUUUUGUACAACUUUAUUGAAAAAAAAAAAAACAACUUGUAGAAGAUCCCUGUGCCUUGAU